GCGUUCCCACAGGAGAUGUUGCUGCGAGUCGCUUCCUUUCUGCUUGCCGUGCUGUGCACCUUGUCGCCGUCACCCUCUUCCCUUUGCCUCGCUCGUCCUCAGAAUUGAUUGCCAGUCACCUGUAUGACAGGUAUGUGCUUGCCUUCUCCCACGAACAAAGAUGUAAACAGAAAUUAGUUCUUAGCAACCUCCAUUAACGCACACACAUACACACAAAUGGAUAGACAAACACACUGCUCCACCCCACAUCCACCUUCCUUGACUGGCUGGGCUUGUCCAUGAUCACGCCCGUACCUGUUCACAAGCGCAGGGAUCGAGACACCUGUCAGACAGAGAAAGGCUUUUCCUCUGUACACACCAGCUACUCUUGAAGGGACGCACUGGUCACACACGCUACUUAACUAGGAGAACGUUUCUCUGCUGGAUAUAAAGCGAAAGCAGUGAAUUUUUCAGGUGGCCUAUAAAGAUAACAGAACAAGGAAACCUUGAGAAACCUUGAGAAACAAGCAUGUCAAAAGAUGGGGACAAAGACUCUGUGUAUCGUAUCACCAAAGUCCGCACCAAGCUGAGGGAUGAUGGCAGCUGGUUGCAGCGUCGCUCCAGUGAUGCUCAGGACAAAUCCCAGAAGGAGAAACCAUGGAUGGCAGAUAUAAGGGCUGGCCGAGUGGACGGAGCCCCCAUUGAAACCAGUCCAGUGUCCUCACCAACAAAAUCCACUCCGCCACCCACCAAGCCAGUGUCAUCACCAGCAAAAUCCACUCCGCCACCCACCAAGCCAGUCACUGGAAGCUCUUCGUCAGGAUUCAUGAUCAGAGGCAUUUUUACUCAAAUGGACCAGCCUGCUCCAUCAGCAACAACUAACGGCGUUAGUGGAACAACUACAACAAAACAAUUCAUCAAAAAACCCUCAGAGAGUUACAAGAAAAUAGCCCCCUACACUGUGAGGCCCACUUCAGAGAACCAGGAGGGCCCGCUUAGCAACGAGGAGCAGGAGAGACGGACGGAGGCAGCCAGCAACGUUCUGAAGAAAUCUGCAGCCAGGCAACGGUCUUAUGUGCUUUCUGCUGCUAAGAAAUAUGAGUCUAAAGAAGCAGGGCCUGACACCUCACCGGUCAACAACAGUGUAUCAUUUGUGGCUAAAAGGGUGGAGAUUAUUGAUGAUGAUGAGAGCGCUGUGACUCCAGCACCUGCCAGCACCCUGGCCCCCUCCCCUGUCCUCCCUGUCACAUCUGUUGCCUCCACGCCUGAGCCCAAAACACACAAAAUAGUCGACACCAGUGUUAAGACAGCUGUCGAUGUCAUUGUUAAUGAGCCGAAGGCAGCAGAGGCGGAGAAGGCCGUCCCAGAGCCUGUGAAGGAAGACCCCGCUCCAGUGUCUAUUGCUGUUAAAGAUCCAUUUGAGGGCAUGAAACCGGGCUGCACCAAAGUGGCCACCCCUCUCCCCGAACUCAAACCUGACCUUGUUCUAGCAGUCUAUAAAGAGCCAGAACCCGAGGAUUCAGACGUUUCUGGGCAAGUUGACACCCCUCUGAUUGAACUCGCCUCAGUGUCACCAACCCCAAUAUCACCAACACCAGCAGCUCCUGCACCAGCUUCACCUGUCCCAGAAUCACCUGCCCCAGUAUCUCCUGCUCCAGCCCCAAUGUCUCCUGCUCCUGCCCCUGUGUCUCUGGCCCCAAUGUCACCUGUCCCCCUUUCACCUGCCCUAGUGUCUACUGUAACAGAGAUCACAGUGAAGACUGAACCAGAACCCGUGCCAGAAACAAAACCAGAACCUGUGCCAGAAACAAAACCAGAACCAGAACCUGCACUAGAACCAGAAUCUGUGCUAGAACCAGAACUUGUGCUAGUACCAGAACCUGUGCAAGAAACAAAACCAGAACCAGAACCUGUGCUAGAACCAGAACCUGUGCUAGAACCAGAACCUGUGCCAGAAACAAAACCAGAACAACAACCUGUGCUAGAACCAGAACCUGUGCCAGAAACAAAACCAGAACCUGUGCCAGAAACAAAACCAGAGCCUGUACAAGAACCAGAACCAGAACCUGUGCAAGAACCAGAACCUGUGCCAGAAACAAAACCGUCUCCAAUGCCACGCUCCGCUGUUGACACGCUCACCACCUUGUCUGACACCCUCAUUUCUUUCGACACAAGUUCAACCAGCUUUAAGGAUGAUGAGCCAGUGCUGGCAAAGGAAGAAGGAAGCUCAGCGGACAGUCGUGCCACAAAGGACAGUGAUGAACAGGAGCCAGCUCCAGAAAUCAGCAACUGUAUACCAAUAACAGACGAUCUCCUGGUUCUCACCAAUGGUCCAGAGGAGUCAGCAGAGCCUGUUCCCCCCAGCCCAGGACGCUGGAGUCAGGAUCUGCUUAGCGGACUAGACAGUGAGUCAAACCCAGCAAAGACCAGUGGCACCGUGGAUCUCCUGGCUAAUGAUGUCAUUCUAAUCAGCACAGAGUCACGCAGCCUCAGCACCCAGCGAGAGGAGGAGAAACAGACAGAUGAGACAGCCAAAGGAACACAAAGCCCCACAGAGACAGUCACUAUAACCACCAAAACUGUGAUCAUUACUGACAAAAGCCAAGAGGACAGCACAGAACUGUGGAGCUCAGGGGUGACGACCACAGUUACUGAAUCAAGCUCGGCUGAUCCGUUUGAUCCAUAUCCGUUAGGGACCACAUCCUCUAACAGCUCUUCUGACCUGCUGCAGCCCCUCUCUGAUAUUUCUAUCAACAGUGUGUCACUUACUUCCCUAGAGAACAAAGAUCCAAGUCCAAACACCAAUAUUAGCAGUAAUGCGUUGGAAUCCCUCACAGACAACGUCAUCCCUAUCAGCACUGACAGCACAAGUCUCAGCUCUCAGCGGUCAUGGGCACACACAUGGGAAACCAGCACACCUCAGCAGGAUAACACAGAGGAAAGCCAAGAAGCCGCAACGGGAGGCCAAACUGUAGAUCAACAGACGCUGGUCAUGUUUGAGAGAAAGUCCAAAGAGAACGACUCCCCAUGGGACAGGUGGACAUCACCCACAGUCUAUACUAUCACCACUGAAGAGGAGGAGGACGAGAGGAAAGAGGAAGAAAGCCCCAGGGAUACACAGACAGAGACAGUGACAACCAUCACCACCAUCAGAGAGAUACACAGUGAGCCACAGCCUGCUAUGGAUCGCUAUGAAACCUAUUCCAGGACUGUGAUUGAAGAAGACCGGCCUGUCCAGACACCAGAACCUGAGGCCAAAAAGGGGUUUGUGUAUUUGAAGGAGUAUGUCAAUGCAACAGAGCUGUCCUUGCAUAAUGCCAAAGACUUCAGCACUAGUCGGUCUGAUUAUUUGACAUCAAGCUCAGCCAGUUACUCUUACAGCAGCCCCUCCACUUAUGCCAGCAAGUCGCUGUCAUCCACCUGUACAUACUGCGGGGAGCUGGUGGGCAAUGAUGCCAAGAUCACCAUCGAGCACCUCAAUAUCAACUGCCACCCCACCUGCUUCAAGUGUGAGGUGUGUCAUAAGCCAAUGGGAGACCUUCUCGACAGCAUGUUCCUACAUGGUGGGAAAGUCCACUGUGAGAGCUGCUACUCCAAAGCCUUCGACUGAUUAUAGAAGCUCUUCAGCAGCCUCUUAUCCUCAUCCCCUUCCCUUCAUGUUCAUUUGCAUAUAAAGUGAGAACUGCUCUUUCACAAAGUUUGGACUGCGUUGGGUUUGAACUCGGGAAUGAUUUGGUUUAGUGUGAUCAAAGAGGCCGUUAGAAUGAACAAUAUGACUAGCAAAUGUUGAUUCUUACAUUAGGUGAAAUUUCUAAUCUCUCAAACAUGUUAUACAAGCUUGUGUUUUGUUUUUUUUCCUGGUGGUGAAAGCUGUAUCUGCCUCAGUAAACUAUGAAGGACAUGUCUGUGCAACAUGAUGUGCUACAUACGGCUGUGAACAGACUAAUAUUGGCAAGUGGGUUACAAUAUUAUAAUUUAGCAACAGCAGUUAUGGAAGAAACUUACUUUAUUACAAAAUGUUAUGUCUUAUUUUGCUCUUCUUGAUACAAAAUAGUGUGUUCACAUGUAUGAUGCUUUGUUAGAAAAAUAAAAUGAUCUAGAUAAUCCAGGUAUAAAUAUGCUGUGUGCUACUAGAUGCACAAUACUGUCAUGGAGUUUCAAGCUGUUACUUGUACUUUACUUGUAGAAAAGCAUGAUUAAAAAUUAUUGCACAUGAA